GGUUUAUCAAUUGUGUUGAAUUGUAUUGACACCAUCCAAGAGAUCUUUUUAUUUGAUAUUUUAAUGUGAAAUAUGUGCUUUUCACUAAUCUAAAUGUGAGCGGGACGGGCAUUCUAUGAAGCUUAAGGCCUUUACCUUAAAAGUGUUCUUGUAAACCGCCAAACUGUGGCAUUAGGCAUUGCGGAUACCACAGCGAAUAGAAUCAAUCGUACGAAGGGCAUCUACUUAAUCCUUCCUUAUUUCUCAGGAAAAUGAGCGAUACUCUGCCAGAAACCGACCGGGAGGAGAUGAUGGCCCGGCAUCGGAAAGAAAAGAAAGAGCUGCAAUCCAAAAUACAAUCGAUGAAGAAAAUGAAAGUAGAUAAAAAGAAAAAGAAGGAACUUCAAGAUGAAAUUGCUAGCCUCGAAGCGGAAAUUGAACAGCGUCAUGCGGAAGAGAUGAAUCGUCUCAAUAUUUCGGAAUCUGUAGAAGAACCUAAGAGCUCCGAAGAAGACCACCCUGCGGAGAAUGGAGAAUGCAAUACGUCGGAGAAGGGUGAACCUCGUGCCUCGAAGGCUCAGCGCAGGAGAGAAAAGAAGGCGCAAGAUGAUCGGGAACGUGAAGCACAGAUAAAGCAGGAAGAGGAAGUGCUUUCCAAAAGUUCUCCUCGAGUAAUCGAAAACAAUCGUAUCAAUGAAAUCCUCAGCAAACGAGCCCUAAAGUCGCAUGUUGUAGCGGCUGAUGGCGAUUGUCUGUACAACGCCGUUGGGCAUCAACUUACGCUUCAGGGAAUCGGCUCGUACGCUACACCGGAACUACGAACCAUGGCGGCCGAUUACAUAGAAGCCAACAGAGAUACUAUGAUCUGUUACAUGAGCCACCCCGAUACCGGUGACAUGCUUAGCCCCGAGGAGUUUGACAAAUACUGCCAUCAAGUACGGUCCACCAAGUCGUGGGGAGGCGAGCUGGAAAUCAAAGCUCUGUCCAGUAGCUUGAAAUGUCCCAUUGAAAUCAUACAAGCAGUUGGGCCAUCAACGGUGCACGGAGAGGAAGAAAGCAAGGAUCGAAAACUGAUUCUCACAUAUCACAGGCAUAUGUAUCGACUUGGGGAACACUACAACUCAACGCAGCCGUUGCCAACACGGGCCGUAGAUGAAAAUGAGGACUAAAAACAGAUUCGACAAUGAUUUUGAGCUAAGUCAUGCAACUUAAUAUCCUAAUACAGUAAUAAAGUUUUGGAACAUACAAACGGAACUUCUGUAAUUUAUCCAAACAUCUGGGAUUUUCCGAAGGUUCUG